CUUGUUUCCAUGGUUACGGAAGCAGCGUUGUUGAAGUUGUAUCGCGUCCCAAUCACUGCAGGUGAAACAAACUACACAGAACCGUCUGUAUUUCAUUAAAAUAUAUUUAUUUACAGCACGUUAAAUCUUCAUAACCACCCUGAAAUGAAGUAACGCUCUCCCCUUUGGCUUGACAACUACGUUACUGGGAUCAGAAGAGUCAUGGUAGUUAAGGAUGCCAACAGUUGAGAGUGACGAACGGGCAAACACCCGAGAAAGAUUCGAUGAAAUCUUCAAGAAGUACACAGAGGAAAACAAAAAGAAAAAGAAGAAAAAAGACAAAGCACAAGAUGACAUUGCACUUCAGACUCUAAAGAAAACCCUCAACCUUGAUAAGGGCACAGAUCAAGAUGAGACUAUCCUCCAAAACACGUACGACCCGCAACAUUGCAGCCCCCGUUUCACAAAGAACGAACGCAGAGAGAAGGAAUCAUCCGAGAAGGUCAAUAUCAACAACAGCUUAAAUGAAGAGGAGACUCAAGGUUCAAAAGUUAAGAAGAAAAGUAAAAAAGAAAAGAGAAGCCUGCCUCCCCUUCCUUCAGCGGAUGACAAUAUUAAAGAUGUUUCUAAAUUUGAGAUAAUUUCAGAAGCAGUUAAGGAGCCAAAGCGAAAAAGUAAAAAGGGCAGAGCCAAAGAGGACAAUCAGGACAUAGAGGGAAGUCACUUGGAGGAUGCAGAGGACAAACUGUUGCUUGAUUAUCAGCAGCAGAUUGCACAGGAGGAGGCACAGACAAAAACAGAAGAGGAAACCACCUUCUCUCAAAACAUAACACUCAAUAAUGAUGUUGGAAAGAAGAAAAAGAAGAAAUUAAAAUCUGCCCCACUAGACUCUGAUGUUGGGAGCCAAGAGGAACGUGCAGAUCCAAACUCUGAUGUUGAAAAUGAAGCAGAAUCUAAAGGAAAGAAGAAAAAGAAGAAAAAAAAACAUGUUGCAGAAGAAGAGAAUGCAAUAGAAGCCACAGAAGAGCCACAGAGACCAGCCUUUGAUGACAGUCUUGUCCUGGGGGUCUACAUUCACCGCACGGACCGCCUUAAAACGGAUCUGCUCAUCUCACAUCCCAUGGUCAAGGUCCAUGUAGUCGAUGAAAUCACAGGGCAGUAUGUGAAGAAGGAGGACUGUCAUCGCCCAGUGUCCUCCUUUUAUGAAAAUGAGAGUGUGGAUCAUAUCCUGCCCAUCAUGACUCAGCCAUUCGAUUUUAAGAUAAAUAAAUCUGUUAUCCCCGAGUGGCAGGAACAAAUCAUCUUUAAUGAACGCUUUUGUCGGUUUGUGCAAAACCAGGAGGAGAGCCCUAGAGUGUUACUUUUCUUUGAAAUUUUGGAUUUCAUGAGCAUGGGAGAAGUGGCAAAAGCCAAUGUUGACAUCCACAAACAUGAGCAAGGAUUUAGAAAGAUAGCCUGGGCAUUCCUCAAGCUUGUAGGAGCAAAUGGGGUCUUGAACAUUGACAGUAAGCUCCGCCUCCAGCUUUUCUGCCCUCCGAUCCAGGCUAAAAGGCAACCGAAAACUAUUGAGGUGAUCGAGUGGUGGAGAAAGUAUCCUAGACACAAAUAUCCUUCUACACUUUAUGUUACCGUGAAAGGGAUCAAAAUACCUGAGCAUGUGGAGCCUUCUUUGCGUUCAAUGAUGCCACUACAAGAGGAGAGGGGCAGCACCACUUACAGUGAGCUCCAAAAUGAAGUGACAAGGAAAAGCAUUUCUCAGGUGCUGGACGACAAACCACCAAUCUUUAAGUGGAGUCGGCUCCCCGGCCAGGUCUGUAGGAUUCCCAAUAAGUCCAUGUUAGCGUUUCGUGGUGGUCAGAUGGGCUGCUUCACUGUGCUCUUCUCUAAUGCGGGGACCAUGAUGGCAGCCGCUUGUGCUGACAGAGAUACGUUUCCUGUUGUGGUGUAUGAGAUCCCUUCUGGCAGAGUUUUGGCUGCCUUCAAUGGACAUUUUAAAGUAGUCUACGAUCUCUGCUGGUCCAGAGAUGACAGAAGACUUUUGUCGGUUUCUUCUGAUGGAACUGUUAGAGAGUGGGACAUUGAACGUUUGUCAGCAAAUGCCCAGAAGAUGCUCCCUCACCCCUCAUUCGUGUACAGUGCCCAGUACCACCCGUCCGCCCAGAGUCUAGUGGUCACUGGGGGGUACGACAGUCUUGUCCGCGUCUGGAGAUUAGACGUACAAGAUGUGAACGGGCAACUAUUGCAGGAGUUUGAAGGACACUCCAGCUUCAUCAACACUAUUUGUUUUGACUCAGAAGGAGGGAGAAUGUUUUCUGCUGACAAUGCUGGCACAUUAAUUGUUUGGCAAAGUUCGGUUAAAGACAGCUCCUGUCGUCAGCCCUGUCAGCACUGGUGUGUAGAAAGGAAAAUUGAGGAGGCAGAUCUCCGAGGUGUUCCUAUCAACAAACUGCAGCUCCAUCCAAAUGGGCGCUGUCUACUGAUCCACGCCAAAGACAGUGUCCUGCGGAUGAUUGAUCUGAGAAUUUUGGCUGUAAAGAAAUACAUUGGUGCUAUAAACUACAAAGAGAGGAUCUACAGCACUUUCACACCAUGUGGUAACUUCAUUUUCUCUGGGAGUGAAGACGGCAUGGCGUAUGUCUGGAACACAGACACUGGAGACCAGGUAGCGGUGUACUCGGAGCUGUGUUAUCCCACUGCUCUCCAUGGGGUGUCCUUCCAUCCUCACGAAAACAUGGUGGCGUUCUGCGCCUUCGGACAGAGCCAUCCCAUCCAUGUGUAUAUCUACGAUCGCAAAGUUUCGCAGCUGGAGGUGUACAAUAUAAAGGGAUUGAGCCGAGCGACUUCAGUGGACCCGAGGACUGUGAGGAACACCCCGGACUCUGCGCUGCACCCGGACACCCCUGUCUCCUCCACUGCAGCUCUGGACCAGUUUGCCCAAUCCACCAGACUGGCCCUGAGAAUGCAAACUGUUAAAGAGAAACUCGACUCAGUGCUGGAACCACAUCAGAGGUCCUCAACAUCUGGAUUGCUUUUUGAACAAGACAGAAAAGGUUUCUCUCACACAGGAAGGGGCUUGACCAUCGACACUGGGAUGAUGGGAUUAAACAGCCCGUUGCCUCCUCCCCCUUUCCUGUCUCCUCACUCAAAGCUGCAGUUCUCGGGGGCUCUGAUCGAGCAGCUUAUCCCACAGGCCGCUCUGAGCACACACAACCGUGGUUUUACUCCAGUGGGCCAACGUCUGAGAGGAGCAGCUCCAUUCAGACUUCCAAGGACACUGCGUGAUAGUGUGUCUUCAGCUAUUCUCGGAACUACUGGUACUGAUGCUCCCCAAGUUCAACAAGUGGUUGUUGCUCUCUACGACUACAAAGCCAAUCGUUCAGAUGAGCUCACGAUCCACAGAGGGGAUGUGAUCCAGGUGCUUUAUAAGGACAAUGAGAACUGGUGGUUUGGACAACUCUCCAACAGGCAGCAGGGGUACUUCCUGGCUUCAUAUGUGGUGGACGAGAGGGACUACAACGAAGAUGCAUCAAAGACAGUAGAGGCUCCAGCUUUGUUUGAAGGAACACUAGAUCGCUCCACACCUACAAGGAAGUAAAAGAAAGAAGAAGCUGAAAAAGCCUGGUUUGUCCAUGUCUGCAUCUCGGGGAACAUUUUCAGAGACAGAUGUGGCAGGUCCCAGCACCAGCACUAGGACAGUUCAGACUUUAGACAGACCGGUCCGGACUUCAGGAAGACCAUUGCCAAAGAGACCCAGUGGAAAGACCAACAGUGCCUUUGAGCCUGACCCCUGAACUCAUUACGGACUUUGUUUGCACAUAAUAUGCAUUUUAUGUAAAAAUGAACUAUUUUGUAUUCACUUGUUUACACUUUUAUAUUGUAUUUAGUUUCUUUUGUAUUUAAUGUAAACUAGAAAAUUUUACUUUUCCUAUCUUUUUAUAACGUUACAUUUUUAGAUUAUUUUAAGAACAUUGUUGUUUCCACAGAAAUGAUAGAAACACUGCAUUUUUAAAAUAUGAUCUCAUCACACUAAAAACACAUACACAUCUUAUUGAUACUUUGCCAAUGUCGUAAACAUUCCCUGGGGGUGUGAUGCUAACUGUAGACAUGCUCUGUCUGAGGCUUUGUUAGACUUUAAUCUGAACUUGAACAACAUUUCAACAGUUUGACCAGAAAGAAAGAACUGACUUAGUUGGAACUACAACAGGUGAGCAAAUUUUUAGACUCCUGAAAAUAUUUUGUCUAAAUCCAUUUAGUAUUUUUUCUUGAGUUUGCUGACGAUCUAAAAUCAUUUUUGACAGUGCUUGCUAAUGUCUGUGUAAUCCCUCAGUUGUCUAGGUCUGAUCCGUAGUAAAAGCCAAAAGUAAAAUCUGUCAAAUGGAUACAAAAGUUGUAGGAGUGAAGACAUUUAGCUGCUCAUCCAAGCCGCUUCUUCAGCUCUGGGCAGAUUUCUGGUAGACACCUAGCCUAACAUACAGAAACUGUUGACAAUAGCUGUUUCCAGUUUCAGUGUACUUAGUUCCUCCCUUCAGAUAGAUAUAAGACAGUGUCCACCAGCAAUCUGACCAGAGCUUUCAGCUUUGGGUUUGUACCUCAUCAAUGAUUCAGAUGUUCAGAACAAAAAACUAAGCUGUAAGUUAUGGCUGUGCUUCUUUUAUUUAUUUGAACCCCU